CAUCGGAAGUUGCAUCGUGACCGAUGCCCGACACCGACAUAAAACUUAUCUAAAUCAGUCUGGAUAUGUCGACGGACAUCUCGAUCGACCCUGAACUGUUUUCAGGCCGUUCGCAGCAGUAUGACAACCGACCCUCCGCGCCCGCAACUACCAGCGGCGGAAAUGACUCACACCCCUAUUUCCUCCCACCUAUGAAUGCCAACAACCCGAUAGAUCCUGGCCUGAAUCAAUUUACACCCGGCGGAGCUUCGAAUGCAAGCCACGGCGAGAGACAUGACCAUGACGACGAGGAGGAGCAUGGCGGUGAUCCGGGAUCCGUUAGUGCCCAACAGCACGGCGGCGAUGAUGCGAAGCGAUCUCGCGCAUGCGAUAACUGCAGAACUCUAAAGGUGCGAUGUGAACCUGCGGAUGAUCCGAAUGAUGCCCUGUGUAAGCGAUGUAGACGGACGAAGAAGAAUUGCGUCACAACGCCAGCUUCAAAGAAGCGACAGAAGAAGGACGUGAGCUUGAUAACGCAACUCAAGCAGCAAGUUGACGAGCUUAGUGCUGUUGUACGCGCUCAAGCUGCGCAGCAAGUCACUCAAGCAUCGCAAGAAAGUAGUUACCCGAGUUAUCCGACCUUUGGUUCCACUCCGAACUUCCCAGCACCGAGUCUGUCGUACAACUCAAGCGCUCACCAGACUCCCUCUGCCCAGACUUUUGCAACACCGGCAAGAACCUGGUCCGAACGACAAAGCCAAGACUCCCCUCAAAGUCCUGGGCACAAGAAAAGGCGGAUAGAGGGCAAUCCGCACAAUGGCUCGUCAGCAAAAUCCUCGCCACCAGACCCUCCCUCUAUGGCACCUGGAGCACAGAAGCCCUUGGUCUUCGAUCAUUCGAAUAUCAUAAAACGUAUUGAUGAAAUAUUGGGGGUCGCAAUGGCCGAGGUGGUGUUUGAACGUUAUAAAACAGACAUCACCACGCAUUUCCCAGCAGUUGUCUUAGCACCAGGUACCUCCGCGAAAGAGAUGCGCGAAAAGAAACCGCUGUUAUUCCUCUCUAUAGUAACCGCGGCGUCCUUCUCGUUCACAAAAAAAGCCGUCAGUCCUACGACACAAAAUGAACUUGUACAACUCUUCAAAGAUCAAUGCGCCGACAUCAUAUGGCGCAACGGAGAAAAGUCUUUGGAAAUCGUACAGGCGCUUCAAGUAGGAGUAUUAUGGUACAGGCCACCUCCCCACUUUGAGCAGCAUGCUUUCUACCUCAUGGCAAAUACAGCGACUGUUAUGUCCCUUGACUUAGGCUUGGGUAAGAAGGUGAAUGCUCAUCAGAUGAAGAUGAACCAAGGACCAUUUCGAAGAGUAGUACCAGACUCUGGCUCACCAGAAGCUCGGAGAGCACUGCUUAUAUGCUACUAUCUUGCGCUCAGCAUCACAAUGGUCAUGCGCCGGCCGAUUCUUCUUCGAUGGUCGAAAUUCAUGGACGAGAGUAUAGAGAUGUUGGAGACGUCUCCGGACGCAUUGGCUACAGAUCGUUUGCUCUGCUAUCACGUGAAGCUGAUGAAACUCGCGGAAGACAUCGCGACACAAUUUUCCAUGGACGACCCUACCGCUGCUGUGACAAUGCAAGAUUCGAAAGUGGUGUACGCUGUAAAUGGUUUCAAGCGGCACUUACAGGAUUUGAAGUCACAGCGCAGUAAAGACGCUACUGACCCAUUGGUCACACUAUCAGAGCACGUACUGAAUCUGUAUAUUCACGAAGUUGCUUUGCACACAACUCAAAAUACCGAAGAUUUUCGCCCACCAUUCAUGGGUGACAACCUCAGGGCACAUGAAGCGCAUCAGAUCCAUGGCCCAGCGCAUGUCGAAGCUUUGGGCCAGUGUCUAGACUCUUGCCAUGGUAUCUUGGAUAGCUUCAUUGAUAUGACUUUUGCUCAACGCUGCACAAUGCCUGUCAUUUUCUGUGUACGCAUCGUAUAUUCAAUUGUCUGUCUCAUGAAGAUGUGGGUCGCUAUCAAUGGGCCCGGCAAUAUCAGCUCUGUUAUCGACCAAAAGGACUUGAAGGUUGACAGUUACCUCGAUCGAGUGGUCGAUACCUUUGAGACGUAUGUCGCAAACGAGGGACAAGCGCCCCACGGAAAGUUCUUCUUUAUUUCCAAGCGCCUGCGUACCAAGUUCAAGCAAAUCAAAGAUGGCGGUGCCAGAAAUCCUGACGGUUCUGUCAAUUUCUGUCCAGCCGGCGAUGACGCUCCGCAGACCAAUCCCCAAGAACAAAAUGUAUCUGCAUCCUCUAAUUCUGCGCCACAUACGCAAAACCAAGCCACAAGGUUACGACUACUAUCAGAGGUUGCAAUGGGCAAUUCACCCCAUACGCAGCAGCGUUCGUCGAUACCACAGGCACAAUUCCCGCAACAACCGCAGGCUCAACAUGGCCAAAUGCCUGGCCAGAACGGAUGGUAUGACAAUCAGCAGACAUACACCGACUUCUCAGAUAUCACCUUUGACCCAAAUCUCGAUGUCAGUAUGAUCGAUUUCGGCAGCUUAGGGAUGAUCAACACAGACUUUUCGGGUAUGAUGACGACUGGCGCGAGUUGGAUGUAUCCUCCAUAUAAUGGUGACAUGGAUCCCAAUGCCCAGGCGCUGAGUGGCUUUUAGCGAGAGGACAUGUUUAUUCGUUUCCCAUCGGUUGCACUCUCCGAGGAGUUGGUGGUUAAUUGUAGUUAUGGCGUAAAGGUUCCAUUAUGGUAUAAACAUAUGGCUGCUGCUGCCCAUCCAGUAUAUCCCGCAGCCUUGUUCCACAUGGAACUAUUAGUUCAAUCGAAAGCAACUCUUCAAAGUCC